AUGUGCAGCUCUCUCCUCUCAUGUGGUCAGCCUGAGUACGAGGUAAAAUAUGUGGUCAGCAGCACACAGGUGGGGCUACGUGCCAAACUACGACUGUACUUGGAACAGCUGAAGAAGCUGGUGCCUUUGGGUCCAGACAGCACACGGCACACCACACUGAGCCUCCUCAAAAGGGCCAAGAUGCACAUCAAGAAGCUGGAGGAGGCCGACAGGAAGGCUUUAAACAUGAAGGAGCAGCUGCAGCGCGAGCACCGCUACCUCAAACGACGCCUGGAGCAGCUCUCCGUGUCGGGCUCUGUGGAGCGCGUCCGCACCGACAGCAUGGGCUCCACCAUCUCCACCGACUCUGAGCAAGACGUGGACAUCGAGGGCAUGGAGUUCACCCCUGUGGAGGUGGACAGCGGGGACAGCGUGAGCGACGUCGAGGAGGAGGAGGAGGAGGAGGACCACUACAGCCUCCAGAGCAGCUCCAGCAGCGACAGCUACACAGCCACACAUUCCCACAGACUGCAGCCGCACCACUGUUAG